AGAAACGAUUCUUCCUAUGCUGUUCUUAUGCAUUCGUGUUUCUCCGAUCCAAUCGACGGAACAUUAGUUCUUGAUUUCGGCUUUAAUUGAGGAGACGCAAGAGAGAAAUUGAGGAAGCGAUCGAUCUACCGACAGAGCGAUGCUGGGGCGGAGUCCUCCUAAGCAUCGCCACGAUGGUACCUCGCCUCUGCCGUUGGGGAUGGAUUGGAGUCCCCCGCCUAAGAAAUGGGAUGGACGAGACACUGUUUGGCCACAUGACCCUCAUACAGGAUGGAGUUAUUGUAUCACAAUUCCCUCAUGGAUCCUCCUACCAAAAUCAAGAGAUUCAGAUCCUGUAGUGUUUUACAGGGUUCAAGUUGGUAUACAAUCACCAGAAGGGAUUACUACUACCCGAGCGAUAUUGCGUAGAUUCAAUGAUUUCCUUAAGCUAUUUACUGAACUUAAAAAGGGAUUUCCCAAGAAAAAUCUUCCCCCAUCCCCUCCAAAAGGCCUUCUGAGACUAAAAAGCAGGACACUCUUGGAAGAGCGAAGGUGUUUUUUGGAGGAGUGGAUGGGAAAGCUUCUGUCUGACAUUGAUAUAUCUAGAAGCACUCCAGUGGCAUCCUUUCUUGAGCUAGAAGCAGCCGCUAGGUCUUCAUUUCAUGAUGGAAAUCAGCAUACUGUAGAAACAAAUGCAUCUGACAAUAGCAUGGUUUCUUUGCUUCAAGUUCAACCCAAUCCAGGUGUCUCUGUUCUUUCUGGUAGUUUGUCAAUCACAUCAGAUUAUGGUAGUGAUAUUGCUUACGAGACAUCUGAGCUUGGAACACCGAGGCAUGGAAGAGAUAACAGCUCUGAAAUUGGUACCGAGGAUCUACCCUUGGAUCUAGAAGUGGCCAAUUCCAUUGGAACAUUUGUAAAUUUUGGCAUACCUAGUGAUAAUGGUCUUUUUAUGGGCGAUUCUAUUCUCGAGCAGCUAGAAGGAUUUUCCAGGCACAAAAGUCAUACCAGAAAAGGAAAAAGUGUUGAAAACCAGGAUUCAUUUAAUGGAAAUGCUUCUAGGGUUGCAUUUCUUUCAGGAGAUGGGAUGGAGCUCUUAUCUGAACCAGAGCAUGGUAAAGUAGCCAGUCAUACUCGAAAGCUCUCUGCUGAGAGUGUUGGAAGUGACAUAAGUUCUGUAAGAGGUAGCGAAAUAUUGAAUUCCGGUGCUCCUAAAUCAUAUGGUGAUGGUUCCCUUGACUUUCCUGGAGGUGCUGAAUCUCGAACCACUGCCGAAAUUCUUGGAACAACAGUUAUGCAGUUCCCAGAUGAUGUACAGAUAGUUCUCCCAUUGAAUCAGCGAAAUAAAAUGAAUAGAGUCCUUAUGACCAUGCAGCAGAGACUAACUACAGCGAAAACAGAUAUGGAGGAUCUCAUUGCAAGACUAAAUCAAGAAAUGGCUGUGAAAGAUUACCUUACAACAAAGGUCAAGGAUUUGGAAGUUGAACUUGAAAGCACAAAGCAGAAAAGUAAAGAAAAUUUCCAGCAAGCCAUUUUAAUUGAAAGGGAAAGAUUUACCCAAACACAGUGGGAUAUGGAGGAACUUCGGAGGAAGUGUUUGGAGAUGGAGUCAAAAUUGAAGUCUGAACAGGAUGAAAAGGUUCGUACAGAGUCCACAAAAGUAUCAGCUGUUAAGGAGAAGGAAAUGUUGAUGCAGGGAUUGGACUCAACUAGAGAACAGCUUCAGAAUUUGCAAAAACACCAUGAAGAGCUAGAGAUGAAGUCAAAAGCAGAUGUUAAAGUUCUUGUUAAAGAGGUUAAAUCUCUCAGAAGUUCUCAAUCAGAUCUAAGGCAGGAGCUUAGCCAAUUGCUGAAUGAAAAAUCUGAACUGGAGAAAGCUCUUAGAAGGGAAAAACAAGGAAAAGAACAUGCGGAAACUGCUAGUGCAAAGCUGCUGCAUGAAUGCGGAAUUCUUCGUGGUCGGCUUCAAGAAUGCAGCAUUAACUUCCUUGCAGAAGAGGAAGAUAAAUUCACUGUGGAUUCUUCAUCACUGUCAGAUGCUUUGGAUCUCUUGGCCACAUCUGACAACAGAAUUGGCCUCCUUGUUGCAGAGGCACAACUUCUAGCACAAGACGACGAAAACCCUGUUGCUUCUGCGAGUAAGGAUCACAAUGUGAAGGGCGAUGAUUUGAGAACAAAAGAUGACCGAGUGAGGAAGAUGCUGACAGAUAUCUUCAUUGACAAUGCUAGAUUGAGGAAGCAGGUCAAUUCUGUGAUCCGUUGUGCUCUCAAGACAGCAGUUACGCCAGAGAAUGAUGAUGAUGAUGGAGAGGAAGAACCAGCAAGGAAGACAGUACUGAACAAGUUCUUAGAAAGAUGAAGUAUGGGUGACACUAGAAUAUUUUUUUCUCUCUUCAAUUUUUAGAUUAUGAGGCUGCUGCUUCAACCACCACCCCUCCCGAUGAUGCAUGGAAGUUCUCUGCUGUUCUUGGUGGUGGAUCCAGUAGACGAGUGGGAGGGAGUCGUGUUUGCUGUUCUCAGUAAAUGCUGAAUCAGUCGCCAUGUAAUUUUGUGAUUUAAAUAUAUAAAUAUUACACUUGGGUGUUUUUUCACUGCUGUAAUAUUAUUUUAGGGAAUUUUUCCCUGUUCUUUUUCGUGUCAAAGUAAAUAAAAGAAAAGAGAGGAAGAGGAUAACCACUUGCGAAAC